GCCUGGCAUUGAAAAGCGCCGGCCAGUAGCCUGGUAGGCGGAAGGGUUGCGAGAGGCAGGGCUGUCGAAUGAGUGAUGCGGUAGUUGCAGCCGCAGGAGGAAGGACCCAGGUUUCGCAUUAGUGUCUUUCGCUUUCGCCUACAAAUUAUAUCGCCGACCGAGUGCGUACGGCAGCCACACAGCGGUCCCGGGUUACAUUUCUCUGCUUUUGUCGCUGUUUAGGGAGUGGGCAGCCGAGAGGGGGAGAGAGAGGCGAACGCCAUUUUGCGAGAAUAAUACACGUUGCGGUGACAGCGGCGAAAGCACAACAAUGGCUCUGAAGAGAAUCCAUAAGGAGCUGAAUGACUUGGCACGUGACCCACCGGCCCAGUGCUCGGCAGGCCCUGUUGGGGAUGACAUGUUUCACUGGCAAGCUACAAUAAUGGGACCUAACGACAGUCCUUAUCAGGGAGGGGUCUUCUUCCUGACUAUUCACUUCCCCACAGACUACCCCUUCAAACCCCCCAAGGUGGCUUUUACCACAAGAAUCUACCACCCAAACAUCAACAGCAACGGGAGCAUCUGCCUCGACAUUCUAAGAUCGCAGUGGUCUCCAGCGUUAACCAUCUCCAAAGUUCUCCUCUCCAUCUGCUCACUGCUAUGUGACCCAAAUCCGGACGACCCGCUAGUCCCCGAGAUAGCCCGCAUCUACAAGACAGACAGGGAAAAGUACAACAGAAUAGCUCGAGAAUGGACGCAAAAGUAUGCGAUGUAGUUCUGGGAGUGAGAGACUCCUCGCCAGCUAAGACUAGCGGAGCUUUGGACGAAGAGUGAGAACAUCCUGUUUGAUAGCCCUCGGAGAACCUCCCGUGAGCCGUGACUUCUCGCCACGCCAGUUCGUGGCGCUGCCCGUCUGCCAUGUUGUACAUAUUUUGACCUGCAAAUGUUGACCUUUG